AUGGAAUUAGUUGAUUUACCUGUAGAGAACAAUAAGAUAACGUACCAGAAUAUGGAAAACAUCGAAAGGAUAUUACAACAAUUAGAAGGUUUUGGAAUAGAUAUUAAUCAUAUAAUAAUUAGAGUGAUUAUUGAGAAAAAGAUACCACUACCUAUGCUAAUAAAAGCGAAAAAGAAGCAAUGUGGGCAAGAUAGAUGA